AUGCAAGUUUUAUCCGCAGUUGUUUUGUUGGCUGUCGUUUGCAACUAUGCCAGUGCAUGGUCCUUCCCUUGCAACAAAGAAGCAGGAUUGACUGAAGGUGUUUGCCAAAUGAAUCCCCCUGCUUUCGGAACUGAUCCAAAAGUGCAGAAAUUUGGGCGAAAAAAUGCCAAACGCAGAUACUUCAAAUUGUCACGACGUACCAAAACCCCACACAAACUAGGUUGUCCGAACCUUCAGCGGGGCCCGAAACAAUAG